UCUUCUCCUUUAAGACAAGUCUUGUGCAAGUAUCAUCUUAUUGAAGGUAUCAGUAAUGGAGGCAAAGGCAAGGGCACACUUUGUGCUGGUUCAUGGAGCAUGUGAUGGAGCCUGGUGUUGGUAUAAACUCCUUCCUCUCCUCACAAAGGCUGGCCAUCAUGCCACUGCAAUAGAUCUUUCUUCCUGUGGAAUUCACUCUCUGGAUGCCCAUCAAAUUCAAACAUGGUCUGACUUAAAUCAACCUCUUAUCCAAUUGUUCAACUCUCUUCCUCCCCAAGAAAAAGUAAUACUGGUGGGUCACAGUAUGGCAGGCAUGAGUUUGAGCUUAAUGAUGGAGCAAUUCCCAGAGAAGAUCAAAGUUGCAGUGUUUUUGACAGCAUUCAUGCCUCUCAGUGGGAGUUCUGCCAUGGAAAUGAUAAGUGACGUGCAGGCCAGAAUUCAGUCAUGGGGAGACACAGAAUUUACAAUGGGGGAGAAUGGAAUUCCAAUAUCCUUCAAGUUUGGCCAUACUUUCUCAAGGCAAAUCUUGUACCAAAAUAGCCCAACUGAGGAUAUUGAGCUGGGGGAAUUGCUUAGGAGGAAGUUUCCUAUAAUCCAAGGAGAGGUGGUGUUUAGUGAGGAGAGAUAUGGAAGAGUCCCAAGGGUUUAUGUGGUGGCCAAGGAUGAUAAGGCCAUUUGGGAAGAGUUGCAGAGGAAAAUGAUAGCUGAAAAUCCUCCUGAUAGAGUUUAUGAAUUGGAAAGCUCUGAUCACAUGGCGUUCUUUUGCUAUCCUUCUCGUCUGGCAGAGAUUUUGGAUGAGAUUUCAAGCAACUACCAAUGAAUUUAGUGAAAGUGUAUGACUGAACCAAAAAAAUGUGUUUGAUAAUCCUUUAGUCACAGUAUGACCGAAUUUAGUGGAAGUGUAUGAUUGAGUCUAUUUUACAGAGAUGUCUAAUCGUUUAGUCAAUGUCUUGUGUGUGCUAUCUGUUGAUCAUGAUGUAUUCCAGCUUUUUAUGUUUUUAUAUUUGGAAAAGAAGAUUAGACCUCUUAUUAUACAUUUUCUUUAUUCUUUGUUA